CUCUAUUGCGCACGAAGAAGAACAAUGCGGAAAUGACGUCACGUCAGGUUAACGCGAGCUGGCUAACAACAAACAAACGCGUGAAUUCUACAAACAAAUAUCGUGUGUACUCGCUUUUCCUCACUUUAGAGUCCAGCUCAUUUAGUUUGGACACGCUUUUGUUUACUUUAAGUAGUUGACUGAGCCCAGAAAGUGCUCGUUCACGCCCUGUAUUUGUGGAGUUUAGCAUGAGUUAGCAUGGAAGCUAACAAGUUUAAAGUCAUGGAGUUUUUGGUGAUGACGUCAUGUAGAAGUUUUUAAUCCUGUCGUGGUCUGAAGGAAUCCGUUCGGGUUGACUUAAGGUUCUGAGCCUCUUCUUGCCUGUCGGCGACGCUUGAUGGGGUUCCUCAGGGUCAUGAUGCCGCUCAAGUUUCAGCUUUUGGCUUUUUUGACGUUCGGAGUCACGAUGCUCUUCAUCGAGAACCAGAUCCAAAGACUGGACGAGUCCAGAGCAAAGUUAGAGCGCGCCAUGGCCAGACACGAGCUGGCGGCGGUGGAGCCGCGUCACGGCGAGGAAGGCACUCACGACCUCUCCUCGCCGGCGGCGGACGAAGGCAACGACGACGCGGUGGUCAUCUACAACAGGGUGCCGAAGACGGCCAGCACGUCCUUCACCAACAUCGCCUACGACCUUUGCGCCAAGAACCGCUUCCACGUGCUGCACAUCAACACCACCAAGAACAACCCCGUCAUGUCUCUGCAGGACCAGGUGCGCUUUGUACGCAACGUCACCUCCUGGCGAGAGAUGAAGCCCGGCUUCUACCACGGCCACGUCGCCUACAUCGACUUCUCCAAGCACGGCGUGAAGGGCCAGCCGUUCUACAUCAACGUGGUGCGAGACCCCAUCGAGCGCCUGGUGUCGUAUUACUACUUCCUGCGCUUUGGCGACGACUACCGGCCUGGCCUGCGGCGAAGGAAGCAAGGCGACAAGAAGACCUUUGACGAGUGUGUGGCGUCAGGUGGCUCAGACUGCGCCCCUGAGAAGCUGUGGCUGCAGAUCCCCUUCUUUUGUGGUCACCAUUCAGAGUGCUGGAACGUGGGCAGCCGGUGGGCGCUGGAGCAGGCCAAGUUCAACCUGGUCGAGCGGUACCUGCUGGUGGGCGUGACCGAGGAGCUGGAGGACUUCAUCAUGAUCCUGGAAGCCACUCUGCCGCGCUUCUUCAAGGGAGCCUCCGCACUCUAUAAGACAGGCAAGAAGUCCCACCUGCGUAAGACCACGGAGAAGAAGCCCCCCGCCCAGGAGACCACCGCCAAGCUGCAGCAGUCCAAAGCCUGGAAGCUGGAGAACGAGUUCUACGAGUUUGCGCUGGAGCACUUCCAGUUUGUGCGCGCCCACGCCGUCCGGGAGAAGGACGGCGAACUAUUGGCGCUUGCCCAGAGCUUCUUCUACGAGAAGAUCUACCCCAAAGCCAGCUGAGGAGCAGCAGACUGAAACUGAAACUGAAACUCUCUGGCUGGAAACUCUUCAUGCCUUGUUGCGCUUCCACAGGAUCACUCAAGACACUUUUGAAAAUGGCUAAAAAAUCUCAUGCUGGGGACUUUUGUACGCGUUCUAUUUCUAGUGCUUGUUUACACCGGGACCAAAUAUCACUGCAGCCCCUUAGUGCUGAGCUAGCACCUCAUGCCACUCAAUAGGUGCCAUUUGUUACCUUUCUCAAUCAUAUUCAACCAUCUCUAUCUGCUUGUUGACCAGGUUCCUUAGAUUGUGACUCAUUUGACAGGACUGAUAGUAGUUUCAACAACAAAAACAUUAGGUAACAGGACUGAAAGUAGUUUCAUCAACAAAAAACAUUAGGUAACAGGACUGAUACUAGUUUCAACAACAAAAAACAUUAGGUAACAGGACUGAAAGUAGUUUCAACAACAAAAAACAUGAAGUAACAGUACUGAUAGUAGUUUUUACAACAAAAAACAUUAGGUAACAGGACUGAUAGUAGUUUCAACAACAAUAAACAUUAGGUAACAGGACUCAUAGUAGUUUCAACAACAAAAAACAUUAGGUAAAAGGACUGAUGGUAGUUUCGACAGCAAAAAACAUUAGGUAACAGGACUGAUAGUAGUUUCAAUAACAAAAAAACAUUAGGUAACAGGACUGAAAGUAGUUUCAACAAAAAAAAACAUUAGGUAACAGGACUGAUAAUAGUUUCAACAACAAAAAACAUUAGGUAACAGGACUGAUAGUAGUUUCAACAACAAAAAACAUUAGGUAACAGGACUGAUAGUAGUUUCAACAACAAAAAACAUUAGGUAACAGGACUGAUAGUAGUUUCAACAACAAUAAACAUUAGGUAACAGGACUGAUAGUAGUUUCAACAACAAAAAACAUUAGGUAAAAGGACUGAUAGUAGUUUCAACAACAAAAACAUUAGGUAACAGGACUGAUAGUAGUUUCAACAACAAAAAACAUUAGGUAACAGGACUGAUAGUAGUUUCAACAACAAAAACAUGAAGUAACAGGACUGAUAGUAGUUUCAACAACAAAAAACAUUAGGUAACAGGACUGAAAGUAGUUUCAACAACAAAAAACAUUAGGUAACAGGACUGAUAGUAGUUUCAACAACAAAAAACAUUAGGUAACAGGACUGAUACUAGUUUCAACAACAAAAAACAUUAGGUAACAGGACUGAAAGUAGUUUCAACAACAAAAAACAUGAAGUAACAGGACUGAUAGUAGUUUUUACAACAAAAAACAUUAGGUAACAGGACUGUUAGUAGUUUCAACAACAAAAAACAUUAGGUAACAGGACUCAUAGUAGUUUCAACAACAAAAAACAUUAGGUACCAGGACUGAUAGUAGUUUGAACAACAAAAAACAUUAGGUAACAGGACUGAAAGUAGUUUCAACAACAAAAACAUGAAGUAACAGGACUGAUAGUAGUUUCAACAACAAAAAACAUUAGGUAACAGGACUGAAAGUAGUUUCAACAACAAAAAACAUUAGGUAACAGGACUGAUAGUAGUUUCAACAACAAAAACAUUAGGUAACAGGACUGAUAGUAGUUUCAACAACAAAAAACAUUAGGUAACAGGACUGAUAGUAGUUUCAACAACAAAAACAUUAGGUUACAUGACUGAUUGUAGUUUCGACAACAAAAAACAUUAGGUAACAGGACUGAUAGUAGUUUCAACAACAAAAAACUUUGGGUAGCAGGACUGAUAGUAGUUUUAACAACAAAAAACAUUAGGUAACAGGACUGAAAGUAGUUUCAACAAAAAACAUUAGGGAACAGGACUGAUAGUAGUUUUAACAACAAAAAACAUUAGGUAACACGACUGAGAGUAGUUCAAUAGCAAACCAUUUCGGUAACAAGAGUGAGUUUUUGGCAAAUAAUUGGCAAAUACAUGGCAUUUCUGCUCAUAAGUUGACACUAAACACAUUGGAGUGAUUAAAUAGCAAACCAUUUAGGUAACAGGAGUGAGUUUUUGGCAAAUAAUUGGCAAGUACAUGAAAUGCAUGGCAUUUCUGCUAAUAGCAAGUUGACGCUGAACACAUUGGAGUGAUUAAAUUGCAAACAAUUUAGGUGGUGGGAUUGAAAGUAACAGGAGUGAGUUUUUUAAUUAAAAAUGGUGAAAAUGGAAAAAAACUAGCUGAAUGAAACUGAAGUGAAUACAUGACUAAAAUGGGUUGUUUUGAAAAGUCAGCCAUUAAGAGUGAAGUAUGUUCUCCUUCAUCCCACGCAAACAGUCUCCCCACUAAUGGCGGCGUGUCGCUCAUCAAGGUGCACUUACCGCCACUACUGGGACGACUCAAGGCAGGCGGGGGGGCAUGAGGGGGGAGGUCUGCCAUGGAGGCCCUGAACGCUCCAGCGGUGCGUAGCCGUGUCCACAAAGAGCUCGGAGAGAGAGAGAAAGAGAAACUAGAACUCAAUUAUCAGUUUGUCCGCGGGCGUAUUGGAACAUAGUUUCAUUAACGAGAUGAAUACAGUGGAUAAUUACUCCGGCUCAAUUAGGAAAAAAAAAAGGUAUUGAUCGUGGCUGACGAGCUUGAAGGUUAAUUAGGAACGCAACAUUUUCAAUAAUGUUUUCUCAUCAACGUCAGCGACUUUCUCCUUUCUUUCCAAACCUGCGCCUCUUUGCUCCGAGCACUCGCCGCUGGUGCCCCCAGAGGGCGCCGUGCCGCCACCUCACACUCCUGCCGAGGUUCAUUACGCGCCAUCAGGGCGCCUGCGCGGAGGGCAACAAAACUAAUAGGCGCAUUAGGCACACUUGGCUCCGGGGCCGCGCCGUGCCCAUCAAUAGUCGCACUUGGUCCCGGACAAUUUGUACCGGCGUGUAAUGACGUGUCAGCCAGAGCACAGCCCCACGUUGCAGGGCGAGACACGCCGAGCCUUUUUAAUGAUGACAUGACAUGACAUGAGCACAACUUACACUUUACUCCACGACGUCUGGCUAAUUGUUUGAAAUACUGUGGAAAUAAAAGGUCAACAAGUGGAAUAAAAGAGCACACAGGUGAAAUGUAAGGAGAUCAAGGUGCAACGUUGACUAAAAAUAACACAAAAGCUGCCAUGCAGGCUGGUUUUUUUCUUCUAAACUGUCCUCAAAAAUAAUAACGAAUCAAAAUCAGUGUUAUGAAUUAUUAUUCAAGGUUCCAAUUAAUCUAAUAUUCCACUUUGAAAUAUUUUUAAGGGAAAAUAUUGCAUAUUUUGAGUGUUUUUGUCAUAAAAAUAACAAUGUUUUUUUUUUUACACAAAGGACAUAAAACCAACAAACAAAAACAUUUAAAAAAACUUCAUAAUCAAUGGAUAGAUUUGAAGUUGAUAAAAAGAUUUAAGUGUUGAAAAUAAAUUUAAAACAUUUUUAAAAGUAUGACUUAUUUUUUAGCACUUUUAUGUGUAGGGUCCUUUUAGAUACCCCAAAAAUGUAGUGAUGUUUUUUUAAACUUUCAUUGCUGAAACAUCAUAAUUAAUGUUUGUUGUUAUGAAUUAUUGACAUAUUUAAGGCUCCACUUACUUCAUAUGAAAUAUUACACUUUGAAAUAUUUUAGGGGAAAAUAUUAAAUAUUUUGUGUGUUUUUUCAUAAAAAAAUGAAAUUUUCUUUAAAAGAAAGGGCAUAAAAGAAACAAAAACAUUAAAAAAAAGAAAAAAGUAUAAUAAACAUACAGAUCUGAAGUUGAUCUAAAGAUUCAAGCCAUGAAAAUAAAAUAAAAUAAAAAAAUAUUACAUGUUUUUAACUAUUUUAUGAGUGGGGAUCUUUUGGAUACCCCACAAAAGUUGUGGAAUUUUAUUUUUUUUUUAAACAAAGUUUUCUUGACAGAAAGGACAUAAAAACAACAAACGAAAACAAUUAAAAAAAAAAAACAUAAUAAUCAACAGAUAGAUCUGAAGUUGAUAAAAAAGAUUUAAGCGUUGAAAAUGAAUUAAAAACAUUUUUAAAGGUCUGACUUAUUUUUAUCACUUUUAUGAGUGGGGGCCUUUUAGAUACACCCCAAAAAUGUAGUAGUAUUUUCUUUAAACUGUCAUUGUCAAAAAUAAUAAUGAAUCAAAAUCAGUGUUAUGAAUUAUUAUUCAAGGUUCCAUUUAAUUCACAUCUAAUAUUCCACUUUGAAAUAUUUUAGGGGAAAAUAUGAUGUAUUUUGUGUGUUUUUUCAUAAAAAACAAAGUUUUCUUUAAAAGAAAGGGCAUAAAACUAACAAAAACAUUAAAAAACAACAACUCAUAAUCAACGGGUAGAUCUGAAUUUGAUCUAAAGAUUUAGGUCAUGAAAGUUAAAAAUAAAAUGUAAUUACGAUAUAUUUUUCACCAUUUUAUGAGUGGGGACCUUUUGGAUACCCCAAAAAAUGUGGGUUUUUUUUUUUUUAAACUGUCAUUGCUGAAAAUACUAAUGAAUUAAAAUCAAUGUUGUUAUGAAUAUUUGACAUAUUUAAGGCUCCAAUUACUUUUAGGGUAAACAUAACAUUUUCUGUGUUUUUGGCAUAAAAAACUAAGUUUUCUUUGACAAAAAGGGCAUAAAACCAACAAACAAACCAAAACAUAAAAAAUUAAAAAAAGUAUAAUGAACAUACAGAUCUGAUGUUGAUCUAAAGAUUUAAGCCAUGAAAAAAAAAAAGAAAAAAAAAUUAUUACAUGUUUUUAGCUAUUUUAUGAGUGGGGACCUUUUGGAUACCCCACAAAAGUUGUGGAAUUUUAUUUAAAAAAAACAAAGUUUUCAUGAUAGAAAGGACAUAAAACCAACAAACGAAAACAUAAAAAAAUAAAUGAUAAUCAACAGAUAGAUCUGAAGUUGAUAAAAAAGAUUUAAGCUUUAAGAUUUAAGCUUUAUUUAUUAAAAACAUUUUUAAAAGUCUGAUUUAUUUUAAUCACUUUUAUGAGUGGAGCCCUUUUAGAUACACCCCAAAAAUGUAUUGGUAUUUUCUUUAAACUGUCAUUGUCAAAAAUAAUAAUGAAUCAAAAUCAGUGCUAUGAAUUAUUAUUCAAGGUUCCAUUUAAUUCACAUCUAAUAUUCCACUUUGAAAUAUUUUAGGGAAAAUAUUACGUAUUUUGUCAUAUAAAACCAAAGUUUUCUUUGACACAAAGAGCAUAAAACCAACAAACAAAGGAAACUUAUAAUCAAUGAAUAGAUCUGAAGUUGAUUUAAAGAUUGAAGCAGUGAUUUUUUUUAAAAGUAGGAGUUAUUUUUUUAUCACUUUUAUGAGUGGAUACUCCAAAAAUGUAGUGGUAUUUUCUUUAAACUGUCAUUGCUGAAACAUGAUAAUGUAUUGAAAUAAAUGUUGUCAUGAAUUAUUGACAUAUUUAAGGCUCCACUUACUUCAUAUCAAUUAUUCCACUUUGAAAUAUUUUAAGGGAAAAUAUUACAUAUUUUGAGUGUUUUUGUCAUAAAAAAAAAAAAGUUUUCUUUGACCCAAAGGACAUAAAACCAACAAACAAAAACAUUUUAAAAAAAAACUUCAUAAUCAAUGGAUAGAUUUGAAGUUGAUAAAAAGAUUUAAGUGUUGAAAAUAAAUUUAAAACAUUUUUAAAAGUAUGACUUAUUUUUUAGCACUUUUAUGUGUAGGGCCCUUUUAGAUACCCCAAAAAUGUAGUGAUAUUUUUUUAAACUGUCAUUGCUGAAACAUCAUAAUUAAUGUUUGUUGUUAUGAAUUAUUGACAUAUUUAAGGCUCCACUUACUUCAUAUGAAAUAUUACACUUUGAAAUAUUUUAGGGGAAAAUAUUAAAUAUGAAAGUUUUCCUUAAAUGAAAGGGCAUAAAAGUAACAAAAACAUAAAAAAAAAAACUAAAAAAAAAACCUCAUAAUCAACGGAUAGAUCUAAAAAUUUAAGUCAUGAAAAUUAAAAAAAAAAAUGUAAUUACGAUAUAUUUUUAACCAUUUUAUGAGUGGGGACGUUUUGGAUACCCCAAAAAAUUAGUGGUAUUUUUUACUGUCGUUGCUGAAAAUACUAAUGAAUUAAUUACAAUUAAAAUUGAAUGUUGUUAUGAAUUUUUGACAUAUUUAAGGCUCCAAUUACUUCAUAUCAAUUAUUACGAUUUGAAAUAUUUUUAGGGUAAAAUAUAACAUUUUGUGUGUUUUUGGCAUAAAAAAAAAAGUUUUCUUUGACAAAAAGGGCAUAAAACCAACAAACAAACAAAAACAUUAAAAAAAAAUAAAAAGUAUAAUAAACAUACAGAUCUGAAGUUGAUCUAAAGAUUCAAGCCAUGAAAAUAAAAGAAAAUAAACAAAUAUGACAUGUUUUUAACUAUUUUAUGAGUGGGGAUCUUUUGGAUACCCCACAAAAGUUGUGGAAUUUUAUUUAAAAAAAAAAGUUUUCUUGACAGAAAGGACAUAAAACCAACAAACGAAAACAAUAAAAAAAUAAGAAAAAACAUAAUAAUUAACAGAUAGAUCUGAAGUUGAUAAAAAAAGAUUUAAGCGAUGAAAAUGAAUAAAAACAUUUUUAAAAGUAUGACUUAUUUUUAUCACUUUUAUGAGUGGGGGCCUUUUAGAUACUCCAGAAAUGUAGUGGUAUUUUCUUUUAAACUGUUAUUGUCAAAAAUAAUAAUGAAUCAAAAUCAUUGUUAUGAAUUAUUAUUCAAGGUUCCAUUUAAUUCACAUCUAAUAUUCCACUUUGAAAUAUUUUAGGGAAAAUAUUAUGUAUUUUGUCAUAUAAAACCAAAGUUUUCUUUGACACAAAGAGCAUAAAACCAACAAACAAAGGAAACUUAUAAUCAAUGAAUAGAUCUGAAGUUGAUUUAAAGAUUGAAGCGGUGAUUCUUUUUAAAGUAUGAGUUAUUUUUUUUAUCACUUUUAUGAGUGAAUACUCCUAAAAUGUAGUGGUAUUUUCUUUAAACUGUCAUUGCUGAAACAUGAUAAUGAAUUAAAAUAAAUGUUGUCAUGAAUUAUUGACAUAUUUAAGGCUCCACUUACUUCAUAUCAAUUAUUACACUUUGAAAUAUUUUAAGGGAAAAUAUUACAUAUUUUGAGUGUUUUUGUCAUAAAAAUAACAAUGUUUUUUUUUUUUUGACACAAAGGACAUAAAACCAACAAACAAAAACAUUAAAAAAAAACUUCAUAAUCAAUGUAUAGAUUUGAAGUUGAUAAAAAGAUUUAAGUGUUGAAAAUAAAUUUAAAAUAUUUUUAAAUGUAUGACUUAUUUUUUAGCACUUUUAUGUGUAGGGCCCUUUUAGAUACCCCAAAAAUGUAGUGAUAUUUUUUUAAACUGUCAUUGCUGAAACAUCAUAAUUAAUGUUUGUUGUUAUGAAUUAUUGACAUAUUUAAGGCUCCACUUACUUCAUAUGAAAUAUUACACUUUGAAAUAUUAUAGGGGAAAAUAUUAAAUAUUUUGUGUGUUUUUUCAUAAAAAACGAAGUUUUCCUUAAAUGAAAGGGCAUAAAAGUAACAAAAACAUAAAAAAAAAAAAAAAAAAAAUCAUAAUCAACAAAUAGAUCUAAAAAUUUAAGUCAUGAAAAUUUAAAAAAAAAAAAAUGUAAUUACGAUAUAUUUUUAACCAUUUUAUGAGUGGGGACGUUUUGGAUACCCCAAAAAAUUAGUGGUAUUUUUUACUGUCGUUGCUGAAAAUACUAAUGAAUUAAUUACAAUUAAAAUUGAAUGUUGUUAUGAAUUUUUGACAUAUUUAAGGCUCCAAUUACUUCAUAUCAAUUAUUACGAUUUGAAAUAUUUUUAGGGUAAAAUAUAACAUUUUGUGUGUUUUUGGCAUAAAAAAAAAAGUUUUCUUUGACAAAAAGGGCAUAAAACCAACAAACAAACAAAAACAUUAAAAAAAAAUAAAAAGUAUAAUAAACAUACAGAUCUGAAGUUGAUCUAAAGAUUCAAGCCAUGAAAAUAAAAGAAAAUAAACAAAUAUGACAUGUUUUUAACUAUUUUAUGAGUGGGGAUCUUUUGGAUACCCCACAAAAGUUGUGGAAUUUUAUUUUAAAAAAAAAAAGUUUUCUUGACAGAAAGGACAUAAAAACAACAAACGAAAACAAUAAAAAAAUAAGAAAAAACAUAAUAAUUAACAGAUAGAUCUGAAGUUGAUAAAAAAAGAUUUAAGCGUUGAAAAUGAAUUAAAAACAUUUUUAAAAGUAUGACUUAUUUUUAUCACUUUUAUGAGUGGGGGCCUUUUAGAUACUCCAGAAAUGUAGUGGUAUUUUCUUUUAAACUGUUAUUGUCAAAAAUAAUAAUGAAUCAAAAUCAUUGUUAUGAAUUAUUAUUCAAGGUUCCAUUUAAUUCACAUCUAAUAUUCCACUUUGAAAUAUUUUAGGGAAAAUAUUAUGUAUUUUGUCAUAUAAAACCAAAGUUUUCUUUGACACAAAGAGAAUAAAACCAACAAACAAAGGAAACUUUUAAUCAAUGAAUAGAUCUGAAGUUGAUUUAAAGAUUGAAGCAGUGAUUUUUUUAAAAGUAUGAGUUAGUUUUUUAUCACUUUUAUGAGUGGAUACUCCAAAAAUGUAGUGGUAUUUUCUUUAAACUGUCAUUGCUGAAACAUGAUAAUGAAUUAAAAUAAAUGUUGUCAUGAAUUAUUGACAUAUUUAAGGCUCCACUUACUUCAUAUCAAUUAUUACACUUUGAAAUAUUUUAAGGGAAAAUAUUACAUAUUUUGAGUGUUUUUGUCAUAAAAAUAACAAUGUUGUUUUUUUUUGACACAAAGGACAUAAAACCAACAAACAAAAACAUUAAAAAAACAACUUCAUAAUCAAUGGAUAGAUUUGAAGUUGAUAAAAAGAUUUAAGUGUUGAAAAUAAAUUUAAAACAUUUUUAAAAGUAUGACUUAUUUUUUAGCACUUUUAUGUGUAGGGUCCUUUUAGAUACCCCAAAAAUGGAGUGGUAUUUUUUUAAACUGUCAUUACUGAAACAUCAUAAUUAAUGUUUGUUGUUAUGAAUUAUUGACAUAUUUAAGGCUCCACUUACUUCAUAUGAAAUAUUACACUUUGAAAUAUUUUAGGGGAAAAUAUUAAAUAUGAAAGUUUUCCUUAAAUGAAAGGGCAUAAAAGUAACAAAAACAUUAAAAAAAAAAACUUUAAAAAAAACCUCAUAAUCAACGGAUAGAUCUAAAAAUUUAAGUCAUGAAAAUAAAAAUAAAAAAUGUAAUUACGAUAUAUUUUUAACCAUUUUAUGAGUGGGGACGUUUUGGAUACCCCAAACAAUUAGUGGUAUUUUUUACUGUCGUUGCUGAAAAUAUUAAUGAAUUAAUUACAAUUAAAAUUGAAUGUUGUUAUGAAUUUUUUACAUAUUUAAGGCUCCAAUUACUUCAUAUCAAUUAUUACGAUUUGAAAUAUUUUUAGGGUAAAAUAUAACAUUUUGUGUGUUUUUGGCAUAAAAAAAAUAAGUUUUCUUUGACAAAAAGGGCAUAAAACCAACCAACAAACAAAAACAUAAAAAAAAUAAAAAAAAGUAUAAUAAACAUACAGAUCUGAAGUUGAUCUAAAGAUUCAAGCCAUGAAAAUAAAAUAAAAUAAAAAAUUAUUACAUGUUUUUAACUAUUUUAUGAGUGGGGAUCUUUUGGAUACCCCACAAAAGUUGUGGAAUUUUAUUUUUUUUUAAAACAAAGUUUUCUUGACAGAAAGGACAUAAAAACAACAAACGAAAACAAUUUUUAAAAAAAACAUAAUAAUCAACAGAUAGAUCUGAAGUUGAUAAAAAAGAUUUAAGCGUUGAAAAUGAAUUAAAAACAUUUUUAAAAGUCUGACUUAUUUUUAUCACUUUUAUGAGUGGGGCCCUUUUAGAUACACCCCAAAAAUGUAGUGGUAUUUUCUUUAAACUGUCAUUGUCAAAAAUAAUAAUGAAUCAAAAUCAGUGCUAUGAAUUAUUAUUCAAGCUUCCAUUUAAUUCACAUCUAAUAUUCCACUUUGAAAUAUUUUAGGGAAAAUAUUACGUAUUUUGUCAUAUAAAACCAAAGUUUUCUUUGACACAAAUAGCAUAAACCCAACAAACAAAGGAAACUUAUAAUCAAUGAAUAGAUCUGAAGUUGAUUUAAAGAUUGAAGCGGUGAUUUUUUUUAAAAGUAUGAGUUGGGUUUUUUUAUCACUUUUAUGAGUGGAUACUCCAAAAAUGUAGUGGUAUUUUCUUUAAACUGUCAUUGCUGAAACAUAAUAAUGUAUUGAAAUCAGUGUUAUGAAUUAUUGAAAUUUUUCAGGUUCCGUUUACAUCAUAUCACUUAUUACACUUUGAAAUAUAUUUGGGAAAAUAUUACAUAUUUUGUGUGUUUUGUCGUAUAAAAAGCAACAUUUUGUUUGACAGAAAGGGCAUAAAACCAACAAACAAAAACAUAAAAAAAAUAAAACUUAUAACCAACAGAGAUCUAAAUUUGACCUAAAAAAAUUAUUUAUAUAUAUAUAUAUUUAUUUAUUUAUUUUAAAUUUUUAUUAUUAUUAUUUUAUU